CCCAUUUGUAUAUUCUUAUGGUGUUUGUGCCAUCUCACCUCGCUUCUGUUGCUGCCAAUUUCCCGUCGGGUGAUCGUCUCCUCGGCUCUCGCAGCUCUGUUUUCGCAAGAAUGGCUUUCUUACUAAACAGAACCACUAUGUUUUCUCGAUUUCAGUCUCAUUCUCAGAAAGAGAUAGAUCCAAAUUUUCUUCAAAGCCGUCGGCUUCAUAUGGAACCAGGUGCCCGUGAGAAAGCUCUCUUAGAAGAAGACCCUGCUCUGAAGCAGUUCAAGUCACACAAGAAGAGUGUCUGGCGACUCAAAAGAGUGGGGGAUGUGCUCACAAUUGUUGUUGUUGCUGGCUGUUGCUAUGAAAUCUAUGUCAAAGCAGUCAUGCGGGAAGAAGCUCGGAAACAGGCCAGCCCUAUAAGUGAGGGAGCAUGAUGAACAUUGUAUGUGUAAACAUUCUGACUUCUGUUCAUCUACUUGAGAUGACUAGCUCCUAUAAGGUUUCUUCAUAUCUUUUUGUAGUUUUAUGUUGUCUGAAUAAUUGUGAUGAGCCUUGUGGAUUCAUAGUUGGUUGAAAUGAAACCAGGAGGUGGGAGGUUUCAAGAACCAUUGGUUCAACUUUCAUUGUGGGUUUUACAUUUUUACUGGAAAAAGAAGCUGGGAGAUUACGUAAACAUGGACUGAUUCACUAUGGAGUGACAGGUGACAAAAUGUCCUUGUGAACUUUGAUUUUUCAGCAAUUUGAGGAAGCUGCAAUUUCUGCAUUUGCAGAAUCAAACGGUGCUUUCUGAACCUUGUAUAUUAAUUGAAUGAAUUCAUCUUCUUUUAAA